AUGUCCGAUCCAAAUAGCUCAUCUGGAUCUCCAUAUAGCCUGGUUACGUCCCCAUGUAUUCAGCGCGCGACUUCAUCUAGCCAGUCUGAUAGUCAGCUCAGUGAAUUCAUUGCCAGAAAAAGAAGAAAGGCACUAUCCAAGAUGGAGCAUAUAUGUAGAAGGAUGAGAUCUUUGGCUAACUUUUUAGAAGGGAUCGAUUUCGAAGCAUAUGACAAGCAGCAAGAACUAAGGAAGCGUACAGGGUGUAGGCAACCAAGAGGCGAAUAUGCUGAAUCGAAUCUACGCAGCUUCAUUAUGACGGUUGCUGAGAGAUGGAGAGCCUUAAGCGCAGAGGAGAAACAGUGCCGUGUAACAGCGGUAGAGGCGGAAAGAGCUAGAUAUAUUUGA